UUCGCUAGUUACUGCGGUUCUGGGUAUUCUUGGUAUAAGCCUUCACCAUUUUGCUUAUUAUCGUAAAGAAUUAAAAAAAUCAUUGCAAUGAGCAUAGAGACUGCUCCGUAUACUGUUUCGAAAGCUUGGACUCAAGAAAAAGUUGAACUGCGUGAGUAUAACUCUUUACGAUGGGUUUGUGCCAUGAGUCAUGAAAGUUCAAUGGAUAAGGCAAGUAAGGAGUGCUUUUGGAAAUUGUUCAGGUAUAUUGGUGGGAAAAAUGCACAAAAGGUUAAAGUACCGAUGACUGCUCCAGUUACUAUUGAAAGUAAACCAGAUAAUCAGUCUGUCAUGAAAAGAUGUUUUACAAUGGGUUUUUACAUUCCUGAGGCCUUUCAAUCAAAUCCACCUGCUCCAACUGAAGACGGGGUAUUUAUAGAAACUAGACCAGCCAUGAAAGUUUACUGUUGUGCACUCAACUCAGUGUGACAGAAGUUUGAACAACAAGGAGGUAAAAUACAAACCUGAUACCUAUUGCAUCGGAACAACAAGUUAGAGUAGCGAAAACAAGAGUUCAUAUGGAAUUGACAUCGGUAACUUUUCGAUCUUCCUGUUCCUCCUGCUAACGUUUAUUGGUUAGAAAUGAAUUAAUUACCAUGUUUAGAAUUAAGCUUAAACUGAGCAUUCGACCGUUAAAGUUCUAUUAUGUGCAUAUACUUCACUGCCAACCUAAUUCAAAUAAAUAGUUAUACCAUAUGUCGACUUUUUCAUUGCAAAUUCUGUAUCGAAAUUGAAGAGUCUGAUUGGUGUUAGCUAGUAUUUUUGUUUUUCUAUGUUUUAUUCUGUUAGUUGUUGUUGAAAUGUUUUGUACAAUGGUGUACCCACCAAGUAUUUUUACUUUUAAACUAUGGUCACUAUGAUUAAAAAAAGUGUUAGCUCUUAGUUCUAGUCUCUUGACGUUUCAAAGAUGUUAAGCAUGGUAUCCUGCAUCCUUUAAGAUAACUAAAUUACUUUCAUGUAUACAGAGGUGUUGAACAAAACAAAACAAGUUCUAUGGUUCAUUUCAUUUCGAAAAAUAUAAGGUAUUUAAUUUACUUCGUAAUGGUAUGAGUUAUCCAGCUGUUGAUACUUUUUUUUACUAAAAUUUGAUCAAUCUUAGUUGAAAUAUUUGCAUUUUAUGCGGAUUGCUUCGAUAUAGCCAUUAUGACACAAGUUUACGUAGAAUAUUAACAAUGGAGUAAGUCAAACCAUUAGAAAUUAAAUCAAAAUUUAUAUCCAUUUUACAACUGAAUAGCUUUCUGGAAUCAAUGUCUAAACGGAUAACUUGUUGACGUUUAAAACGAAAAGUACUAGGUAUAAACACUAGUGGAAAUCAACUCUACGAUGUAAGUACAUACAGCUGACGAGUCUCGAAUGGGACAAAACACGCAUAUUAGAUCUCAGCACCAAGCAUAUUUCAUCUAUUCUAUAAAAUAUUUAAUUAGUUUACUUUAUUUCAUUUUCUUUUUAAAAAAAAUUUCAUAUAAAGGACCUAUUCAGGCUUUUCAAAU